CUGCGCGUCCGGCCGCGCGCGGGGAUUGGCCUACCGACGGCUUCCCCGCCCCCGGUCAUUUGCCUGGGAGGACUUCCUGGAGUGUUUUCUGCGCUCCUCUGUCGUUGGGCAAGUCUGGGAGUGCUCCACGGCUGCCGGCGCCUGGAGGCCGCGCUCCGCUGCUGCCGCCAUGAGGCUCCGAAAAGCCUGCGUGCUCGUCUUGCUCUUGGCUCUGGCGCAGCUGCUGGCCGCGGCCAGCGCCGAGGGAACGGACGAAGAUGCUUCUGAAAGAGAAGAUGCUAUUGAGGAUGAAGAGGAGGAGGAGGAGGAGGAGGAGGAGGAGGAAGAAGACUUGGAAGUUAAGGAAGAAAAUGGUGUCUUGGUCCUGAAUGAUGCAAAUUUUGAUAACUUUGUGGCUGAUAAAGACACGGUGCUGCUGGAGUUCUACGCGCCAUGGUGUGGGCAUUGCAAGCAGUUUGCUCCGGAAUAUGAAAAGAUUGCUAGUACCUUGAAGAGUAAUGAUCCUCCCAUUGCAGUUGCUAAGAUCGAUGCCACCUCAGCAUCCAUGCUGGCUAGCAGGUUUGAUGUGAGUGGUUAUCCGACCAUCAAGAUUCUGAAGAAGGGCCAGGCUGUGGACUAUGAUGGCUCCCGGACCCACGAAGAAAUUGUUGCCAAGGUCAGAGAAGUCUCCCAACCCAACUGGACACCUCCCCCAGAAGUCACACUUGUGUUGACCAAAGAGAACUUCGAUGAAGUUGUGAAUGAUGCAGACAUAAUUCUGGUGGAGUUUUAUGCCCCAUGGUGUGGACACUGCAAGAAACUUGCCCCUGAGUACGAGAAGGCCGCCAAGGAGCUCAGCAAGCGCUCCCCGCCAAUUCCACUGGCAAAAGUUGAUGCCACUGCAGAGACGGACCUGGCUAAGAGGUUUGAUGUCUCUGGCUACCCUACCUUGAAAAUUUUCCGCAAGGGAAGGCCUUUUGAGUACAAUGGACCACGAGAGAAAUAUGGGAUUGUUGACUACAUGAUUGAGCAGUCCGGGCCUCCCUCCAAGGAGGUUCCAACCCUGAAGCAGGUCCAGGAGUUCUUGAAGGAUGGGGACGAUGUUGUCAUCAUUGGGGUCUUUCAGGGAGAAAGUGACCCAGCCUACCAGCAAUAUCAGGAUGCUGCCAACAACCUGAGAGAAGAUUACAAAUUUCACCACACUUUCAGCACUGAAAUAGCUAAGUUCCUGAAAGUUUCCCCGGGGAAGUUGGUCGUAAUGCAGCCUGAGAAAUUCCAGUCCAAGUAUGAGCCCAGGAGCCACGUGAUGGAUGUGCAGGGUUCCACCGAGGUGUCAGCCAUCCAGGACCAUGUGGUGAAGCACGCUUUGCCCUUGGUGGGCCAUCGCAAGACCUCCAACGAUGCCAAGCGGUACACCAAGCGCCCCCUGGUGGUUGUCUACUACAGCGUGGACUUCAGCUUUGAUUACAGAGCUGCUACUCAGUUUUGGCGAAACAAAGUCCUGGAAGUGGCUAAGGACUUCCCUGAGUACACCUUUGCCAUCGCUGAUGAGGAGGACUAUGCCACAGAGGUGAAGGACCUGGGGCUCAGCGAGAGUGGGGAGGACGUCAAUGUGGCCAUCCUGGAUGAGAAUGGGAAGAAGUUUGCCAUGGAGCCAGAGGAGUUUGAUUCUGACACCCUGCGGGAGUUUAUCACCACUUUUAAAAAAGGGAAACUAAAGCCAGUCAUCAAAUCCCAGCCGGUGCCCAAGAACAACAAGGGGCCUGUCAGGGUGGUUGUUGGGAAGACCUUCGACAGCAUCGUGAUGGACCCCUCGAAGGACGUGCUCAUCGAGUUCUACGCGCCCUGGUGUGGGCAUUGCAAGCAGCUGGAGCCUGUCUACACUAGCCUGGCCAAGAAGUACAAGAACCAGAAGAACCUGGUCAUCGCCAAAAUGGACGCCACCUCCAAUGACAUCGCCAGUGACCGCUACAAGGUGGAUGGCUUCCCCACCAUCUACUUUGCUCCUGGAAAGGACAAAAAGAACCCAAUUAAAUUUGAGGGUGGAAACCGAGACCUGGAACAUUUAAGCAAAUUUAUAGACAAACAUACCACAAAAUGGAGCAGGACCAAGGAAGACCUUUGAAGGCUGGAAGUCUGCAGAGGGUGGGAGGAGCCAGACACUGUAGUGGCCAGUGGCCACCGAGUAAGCCUUGAGGCCAAGGCCAUCAAUGUAAUGGUGGUAUCUCAACUUUUUCUUUUUUUUAUUUUUUAUACUUUGAUAUGUCACCUCGUGCUCAGAAUACUGAAUAGCCAUGAAUGCAGUAGCUUAGGCCAGAUUUCUAUGGAGGAUACAUCUAUUUUUAUCAUUUGGGGUCUGAUUUUUUUUUUUUUUUCUUUUUACUUUAACAUUUUCUUGAAGCAGAUAAGUUGAAUCUCUGUGAGAAUGUUUUCUUUUUUAAUUUAAAGAUUCAAAAAACUGCCAAAUCAUGUUGAGCUUGCCUUUUUCAUGUUUGAGGAAUUGUUAGUUUAAGAUGUGACUGUUGGUGUGUUUUAGUUUUCUUCCUGUGUUGGCACAGAAGUGAGUGCUAUCACCAAGCACUUGCCCAGAACGAUGUUCCAGCCUGACCUCCAAGCAGCCUGCAGUCCAGCAAGGGUCACCUCGGACUGUACGGACAUCGCCGUCCUACUGUCCCACCUUCUGUCACAGCCUGGGCCACGGGUGGAGGAUCAUGGCCCCAUCCCCAGCUCAGACCCUCUGAUGGAGCAGUAGUGUCCCCGGACACAAGACACUUUGAGGUUGUAGAAAAAGUAGGAUAUAGUCAGGUGGCACACACCUGUGAUCCCAGCAACUCAGGAGGCUGAGGCAGUAGGAUGGCAAGUUUAAGGCCAGUCUGGGUAACUCUGUGAGACUGUGUUUCAAAAUAGAAAAUUUUAAAAGGCCGGGGACAGAGGUGCUGGGGAUAUAGUGCAGUGUAAAGCACCUCUGGGUCCAGUCGCCAGGAUCAAAAGAGAAAUGGGGUUGGGAUGCAUAAUGGGAUUUAAAAAUCACUAGAAAUUAACUUGAAUAACUCUGUUAGAAAAUAUCUUCUCUGUUCUGCAAGCAUUAGGGUUGAAUGGUUUGAUGGAGCCUGCACCUGGUGGAUGGGCUGUCCAGCCGAGUACAUGUUAUCUCACCUGACCCUCAAACCCCAAGGGGGCCACCCUGACCUAGGGCAAGAGGGUUCGUUGCUUAAAAUAGGUGAGCAGUGGCAGAUUGUCAUGCUGGGGAGUGACAGGACAAGGAGGUGGCCCUGCAUAGCUGAGUGGGGGCUGGGAAAGGAGAGGGUGCUCUCAGGCCUAGGGAGACUCUCCAUCUCCCCACUCUCUCCCCUCUCCACCCUGGUGCUUACCUUCUGACUUUGACAGAAACUAGAGAGGCACCUCUCUGAGCAGUGACUGGGCUGAUGGCAGGUGGAGGGCCGGGGCAGGAGGCAGGUCUCACAGGAAGCUGGGCUUUUUCAAGUUGUCUGUUGCUCAGUUGUUUGGCUGAGGCAAACUGGGCAUGUGGAUGGGCGUGGAGACUGUCCAGGUCUCCAGAGCCAUGAGCCUGCUGCCCCGCUUUGCUCUGGGCUGGGCCUCCUCAGGGUUGUAGUACUGGCACAGAAGUGAGUGCCCAGAGACCUGUCCUUGGAGGGAAAGUCACUCGGCACUGUCCCAGGGGAGCAGAGUGGCUCCUGCCCUUGCAGGGCCCCCAACUUGUGCCAGCAGGAGGUGGCCUCUGCUCAGCUGAGGGCUGGGGGCCUUUCUGACAUGGCUUAAUCUGAAACUCAGCAAUGAUUGGCUGGAGCCAGGCAGAAAACAGGGCUAAGUCCUGGACCUCCACUUCAGACGACCAGUUGGUUUUCAGAAAUGCAGCAUUUCAGGCCAGCUGGUCCUACUGAACCAGUCUGUGUAGAAGAUCCCAGGAGAGUCACAUACGCACUGUAUUCUAGAAACAGGAGUAAAUCAGUGUUGUAGGCAUAGGCAGACUACCAGGGCCGAGGGGGCAGGAUCUCUAGGAUUCUGAGGCUGAUCAGAUACUGAGGUUAGGUGAGUGGAUCUGAUAAGCCUGCCUUGAGUUGAGGUGGUUUGUUAUUUAAUUAUGAAACUUUCAACAUGAAUCAGUUGGGUGCCUACUGGGUAUGAGGGACAGGGCAUCAAUUGUUUACCAAAGCCUUAAUCCCCGCUGGUUGUUGAGCUAUGUGAAUUAGGCUUCUCUGAGUUUAUUUUCCCAUCUGUGAAAUAAAGCUACAACCUUCACAGAA